UUCUUUUCUUUUGAAUAUUGUUUCACUUUCACCUCGUCCUUGAAAGAAGAAUAUAAAAAAUGAAGUAACGUGCAAAGCCAGCUAUGCACUCCACUACUUAGAACUUUUUUAUUCCACUAUUCGUGAUGCCAACGUAUGUGAAAAAAGUCUAGAGAGGAACCUUCGUGAUAUCUCGCUAUAUACAAUAAGCACUAUUGCAAUAUGCCAAUAUUCCUCUCCCUUCAUUACAAUCUGAAAAUCCAAUCGCUUACUGAUUAAUUUGCUGUUGUUGUGAUCAUCAUAUCAUGGCUGAAGCACUUGUUGUUGGAGCUCUAGUUUCUGGCUUCGCCAACGUUGUUCUUGACAGGCUCAUUUCAUCUGAGUUUGUCAACUUGGUGGUGGGCAAGAAGCUGGACCGGAAGUUGGUUGAGAGGCUCAAGACUGCUAUCUUGGCUGCCAAAGCUCUGGCUGCUGACGCUGAGCAGAAGCAGUUUGGACACGAACUCGUCAGGGAAUGGCUUGAUAAUCUCAAGGAUGCUCUCUACACUGCUGAUGACUUGCUGGACCGUGUCUUCAUCAAAGCUCAAAUUCGCAGCAAGGUACGCACUCGGCUUCCUCACUUCCUUGAUCUAUCUGGUAGGAAGAUGGUGACUAAGAUAGAAGAGGUGGUUGAAAGAAUAGAAGAUCUUGAGAAACGCAAAGAUACCCUUGGUCUCAAGGAGAUUCCAGCGGGUAGCUCCUCAUCAUGGAGGUCUCCAUCCACUUCUCUUGUCAAGGGGAAUGUGUACGGCAGGGAUGGUGACCAACAGGCAUUAAUCAAGAUGCUACAUGACAACAAUGAUCAUAAAUUGUCUGUCAUCUCUAUUGUUGGUAUGGGCGGGGUUGGUAAAACUACUUUAGCACAAUGGCUGUACAACAAUGAGGAUUUGAUGAAGGGGUUUGACCUGAAAGCUUGGAUUUGUGUUUCUGAAAAUUUUGAUGUUGUUGAGACUACAAAGAAUGUCAUAAAGGGGAUCAAUGCAGGUGUUUGUAGUCUUGACAGCUUUGAUUUACUUCAACAAGAUUUGAAGGAAAAACUGUCAGAAAACAAGUUCUUUAUAGUUUUGGACGAUGUUUGGAGUAACGAUGGUGAAAAGUGGAGUAGUUUUAUUACCCCUUUUCAAUAUGGGAAAAAAGGAAGCAUUAUUCUUCUAACUACCCGCAAGGAAAAUGUUGGUCCAAUAGCCCAAAAUUAUAAUGAUUACUUUCUUGAGGGACUGUCAGAUGAUUAUUGUUGGUCUAUAUUUGCGGACAAUGCAUCCUUUCUAGAAUCUAAUGGGAGUUCAGAAUUGGAAGGAAUAGGUAGAAAGAUUGUCAAGAAGUGUGAUGGCUUGCCGUUAGCUGCAGAAACGCUUGGACGCUUGUUGCGCUCAAAGCAUGAUGUUAAGGAAUGGAAUAAAAUAUUACUGAGUGACAUUUGGGAAUUUCCGAUGACGGACAGUAAGGUUGUUCCUGCAUUGUUAAUAAGUUAUUAUCAUCUGCCUGCACAUUUGAAGCGCUGCUUUGUCUAUUGUUCAUUGUAUCCCAAAGAUCAUCAAUUUGAUAAAGAUGAAUUAAUUUUGUUAUGGAUGGCCGAAGAUCUUUUACGACCACCAAAGAGGAGAGAAACUUUAGAAGAAGUUGGUUGCGAGUGUUUUGAUGACUUGGCUUCCAGACUUUUUUUCAAGCAGGUUGAGGGUAAUGAUCAGAAGUAUUUUGUGAUGCAUGAUCUCAUGCAUGACUUGGCAACUUUUCUUGCUGGAGAAUUUUAUUGUAGAUUAUCCGAAGAACUCGGUGAAAAGGAAGAGAUGAGGAUUCUAACUCGUCAUCUGUCAUACGAUCAUUCAAUCUCUAAAAAAACUUAUUCUUCUUAUAAAAUAGAAUCUCUGAGGACAUUUUUGUAUAUCAAUCAUAGUCCUUUUUCAAUCAGGAAAGAAAGCACAACGUUACCAUAUGACAUAUUGUCAAAGAAUAAACACCUGAGAGUUUUAUCCUUUGACAAGCUAAGUAUAUUUCCUGAUUCAAUAGGUAAAUUGAUCCAUUUGCGCUAUUUGGAUCUCUCUCGAAGUGCUGUCAAAACAUUGCCAGAGUCACUGUGCAGGUUAUGUAAUUUACAGACAUUAAAGCUAGAAGAUUGUUCAGAACUGACUAUGCUGCCUGAUGGAAUGUGUAAUCUUGUGAAUUUGCGACAUCUUGAUAUAAGGAGUACUCCUCUUAAAGAAUUGCCGAAAGGAAUAGGCAAAUUGAUACAGUUGCACAUUUUAAGCAACUUUGUGGUGGGAAAGCAUGAAGAUAAUGGAAUCCAAGAGUUAGGAGGGCUUUUAAAUCUUCAUGGAUCAUUUGCGAUUCAGAAAUUGGAGAAUGUUAUUGAUGUCAAUCAGGCAAGGAGUGCAAAGAUAAUAGAUAAAAAGCACAUUGAAUUUCUGUUGUUGGAAUGGUCCUCAAGUGAUGAUACGGCUUCAGACACACAAACUGAAAGAGAUAUACUCCACAGCUUGCAACCGCACAGUGGCUUGAAAAAGUUGACAGUUGAUGGAUACAAAGGUAAAAUGUUUCCAUCUUGGAUUGGGCAUUCCGGCUACCAAAACAUGAUUCAUGUAUCUCUGUUGGAUUGCAAGAAUUGCUGCAUGCUGCCUUCACUUGGACAGCUACCAUCUCUUAAAUCCCUGUGCAUUCGAGGUUUUGAUAAGCUCAAGCGCAUUGGUGAUGAGUUUUACAAGACUGAAGGAGAUCAUCAUUCUUUGCCUAUUGCACCAUUUCCUUCAUUGGAGAGUUUGGAGGUUGAUAACAUGGCAUGUUGGGAGGAGUGGCAAUUACCUGACUCAGAAGCUUUUCCUGGGCUUAAGAGGCUUCAAAUAAGAGAUUGUCCAAUGUUAAAGGGAGAUAUGCUUAAUCAUGUAUUAAUGAGAAUCGUUUCUUCCUUGUUGGAUGUUUCGAAAGUGCACAAAGUGAAAAUAGUAGAAGAUCAUGAAGGAUGGCGUAUAGAUAUGUCACUUGAUGAGGAUACUUUAUCAAUCAAGGGAUGUGAAUCUGUGGUGGAGUAUGCAAUUAAGGCAAUUAUCAGCAUCAACCAUCUAACUUCCCUCCAAGAAAUAGAAAUCUCAGGGUGUUCGUCUGCUGUAUCCUUUCCAUGCAAUUGUUUACCCAAAUCUUUGCAAAAACUCAAAAUCUAUAGUUGCAGCAAACUGGAAUUAUUCCCCCAGCAACAGCAGCAGAAGUAUGAUUUGGUAGAGCUACUAAUAGAAGGCAGCUGUGAUUCACUGACCUCAUUGUGGUUGGAUGCCUUUCCGAUCCUCAAGAAUCUCAAGAUAUCAUGGUGUUUGAAUCUGGAAUCAGUUUCAAUGUCAGAGCCACCACACACUGCUCUUCAACGUCUCACAAUCUUUGGGUGCGACAAGUUAAUGUCAUUUCCAGGAGAAGGACAGGCUGCACCCAACUUGACUCAUCUCAGCAUGAUAUAUUGCGACAAGUUGGAAGCAUUGCCUCGAGACCUGAAUAGUCUUCUCCCGAAUUUACAGUCUCUCGACAUAAGAGGUUGCGAGGAAAUUUGUAGGUUGCCAGAGGGAGGUUUGCCGCCUAACCUGAAAGAGCUUAGUAUCGGGAGACAAUGGAGGGAUCUAUCUUGGAUGAGUAACUUGGACGCCCUCACUCAUCUUACCAUUCAAGGUCAUGGCUCUGACAACAUAAGGUCAUUCCCUGAAGUGGGUUCACUGCCUCACCUUCCCUCCCUUACCAAUCUGUGCCUCACUGAGUUUCAUCAUAUGAAGACGUUGGAGUGCAGUGAGCUUCUCCGGUUCACCUCCCUCCAAGAACUAAACAUUGAAUACUGUCCAAAUCUAGAGAAUAUGGAAGGAGAAAAGCUGCCUCCCUCUCUGCGACUACUUUAUAUUUAUCGAUGCCCUUUGCUGGAACAACUCCUCCAGAAGGACCAGCGACCUUGGACCAAGAUUUAUAACAACCCCACCGUUUAUAAUUCUAUAUCACUUAGGGAAAUUCGUGCUCGUGCACAGUUCAUAAGGGCGGCACAUUUGUUUGCUGCAGCAGGCACAAGGCAAGGGCCUCAUGCACCAUGAAAACAUGACUCAAAUUCAGUAAUGGAGAUACAUUGAAGAUUAAGCAGCAAUUGUCCUGAGAACGUUGCAGUUUUGGAAUGGAUCUUGAAUGCCAGUUUCAGUCAAAACAAGCAACAGAAAUGCAGAGUCAUUUUUCACCCUUACUUUUGUUUUUCCAAAGGAAAAAUAAGAUUGAAAGAUAACAGAUGUGGUUAUCAAAGUUAGAUGUCCUUUUAUCUUAUCAUCCAAAAGAGAAAUACAGUGUACUCAAUAAUAUACUGAAUUUGCCAUGUAAUGUGAUGUAAUGUAGAUUUGAGCAAAUCUGUGGUGAGAAUAUUGAUAUGAAAAG